GAGAGUUGCCUGAGACAGCCUAGCAUUAGCAGUUAGCAUCGAUCUGACGGUGAGAGUGAUUCUCCGAUCAGUCAGAAUGACGUUAUAAUCUACCUGUUAUUACCUGUGCGUGAUCUCUGUGCGUGAUCCCCCCGCAGACAGCUGAUAACCAGGCCGACAUUCACUCAGUUCGGAUGGAUUUAAAGAGUUCCGGUUCUCCCGGGGAGGACGGGGAGCUGGAGGACGGAGAGAUCUGCGACGAUGAGGCCGAGGACAGAGGUCCGAUCCGGCGGGGGGAGGGGAGCAGGCCCCGCGGCGGGGCUCCACGGAGGCCCCGGAAACCUCGCCAACAUCCACACCCGGGCUUCCCGCCGCCGGACUUCCGCCUGCUCAUGCCGUACAACCGCGGACCUUUCCCCCCGAACCACCGGCAGCAGUGCGGGCCGAGCGGGCCGGACCGGCCGCCCUCACCGCCCCCUCCGCUGCUUACGCUGCCGGGACUCGGUCCUCACGGAGAACCGAGCCCGAGGGGCAGCUUCUGGGAGCGGAGCCACGGAGCCCUGGGCCGCUUCAGACACCGGGGGAUGGCCAACGGAGGCCGGGGGAACUGGAGCCGAGGGAGCCGGGGGAGCGGAGCCCUCAGAGGGCCUCCAGGAAGGUACGGCCCCGGAGAGAUCCACGGAGGUCCGGGAGAGUCCCCGCAGAGGAAACGUAUCCUGUUAAUUAUAUUAAAAUGAUCAAUAUUAUUGUUGAAAACCAAAAAACUAACAAGAAGAUCUGAAACAGUCAUGAAGUCAUUUAAUCAGAUUUAUAUUGAUUAUUAUUAAAUUCUCAUAAUAGAUAGAACAGAGGAAAUGAAUCUGUUUAUCUUAUUAUCAUUAUUAUUAUUAUUAUUAUUAUUAAUUAUUACUAUUUUUAUUUAUUAUCAUUUAAAGGGAUUUUUUUGCUGCUAUCAUGUUUUUUCACGGUCCCACAGUCUUGGACUCUCUCUGAGGUCUGGGACUCCGUGGGCCUUUUAAGGUUGUACUUUCUUGACCAUGUGACCCAGAAAAACCUUUAGGGAGGCCUCAGGUGCGAAAACUGUCCCACAGUGUCUCCAAAGUGGACUCAGGUGAAGAGGAGUCCUUUGAGGACCUCCUGUCCAAGUACAAACAGAUCCAGCUGGAGCUGGAGUGUAUCCGCAAAGAGGAGACCAUGGCUCUGGACCCCCAAGUUUCCCCUGCCAGAGACCACGUCCCGGACCUCCAUACUGCCAGUGUUACAGAGACCAAACCAGAACCAGAACCAGAGGGACCAGGAGAGCCUGGGUGUGAGUCCGAGACGGUGGAGAAGAAAGUCUUUCAGGCGUUCAACAUCAAACCUCUACGACAGAAACUCCCCACCCCCUCAGUCCUGGACCAGCUGAGGAGGAAGUGGGCGGAGCAACAGAAGACAGGAGGCGGGACUGAGGAAGGUGAGCAGUGAUGAUUAUAACGGUCCAAUCAUUGAGUUGUCAGCCGUCAGAGGGGCGGAGCUUCGGUGGGUUUUAUGAAGGUCUUCAGUUGAUGAUAGAGUAGAGAACCUGACGAGGCGCACAGAGAGUUCAACAUUUAAGGGUUAAAAUGAUCGGAAAUAAAACCGAUUUUUAUGGUUUUCAGAUGAUUUCAAACCAACGUUGUCCAACAGGUUAGUCACAUGACUCUGGAGUGGGAAUCAAUGCGUGGAAAGGACAACUGGACUUAGUUGAGGCAUUUUGCCUGAAACGUCUCAACUAAGUCCAGUUGUCCUUUCAACGUAGAAUUGUAAGUCACUCAGUCCGUUUCCAUGACACUCGAGAAAACCGAAUUAUCGCCAUAUUCCGAUAAAGACCGGACAACUGAAGGUCAUGUGAACAUCUUAGUCCGACUAUAAUCAGAGUUUAAGAACUCUGAUUAAGACACACAGAUAAUGAGAUUGGAAUUCGAUUUUCUCUUCCAUGUAACCAGCGUAGUCGGAGUAUGACGCCACGCCCCCGUAACCCCGUAACAAACCCCCAGAGUAGAGGAGUAGCGUUGGUCUCCUCUUUAGAAAAAGUAGCGCGUCCAUCAUGUCGGACAAAAACAACGCUGUACGAUGCUCCAUCUUCUUGUUUCUCCAGCAGCAGUUGUAGACACUUCUGACGUCUGACACCGACCUGCUGUUGUUGUUGACGGUUGUAAAGACCCAUAUCGCCCCCUAGUGUUGGGGAGGAGGACACGUCUGUGUGUCAGUGGGCGGAGUUUGUGUGCAUCCAUGAAGACAACUUACCUGUGUGUGUGUGUGUGUGUGUGUGUGUGUGUGUGUGUGUGUGUGUGUGUAUCUGCAGGUGAGCAGGAGGAGAGAGAAGGACAGGUGAGAGCAGAGGAGGAGGAGGAGGAAAAAACCACAUGUCCCAGAGUCAGAGAGGACGCCACCGUCUCUGCCACUGAGGUGAGUCCACCGCAGGACGUCACGAGGGGCUCUGAUUGGACGAAUCCACACAUAUGAUACAAGUGUAACCCUGAGUGUGUGUGUGUGUGUGUGUGUGUGUGUGUGUGUGUGCUGCAGGAGGAGAUGAAGAAAACGAGUCCGUCAGUCAGAGACUCGUCAGCCUCCAGCGAGGACUCACACGUCUCCUCAGACAAGGUGAGUCCACGCCAUCCAGGUGAAGAAACACAAACAGGAAGUAGAACCUCGACCGCCGAGGGCGAAGACGCCGCAGGAAACGAAAAUCAAGACCGACGUUUACAGUUCAUCAAUCAUCUAAUGAAAAACCAUUUCCUGUGUGUGUGUGUGUGUGUGUGUGUGUGUGUGUGUGUGUGUGUGUGUGUGUGUGUGUGUGUGAGAUCAGUGUGUGUGCUGUGAGCAGCUGGAGGUCCGGGUGGAGGAGGAGGAGCUGUCCGAGCUGCAGCUCCGCCUACUGGCUCUGCAGUCGGCCAGUAAGAAGUGGCAGCAGAAGGAGCAGCAAGUGAUGAAGAGGAGCAAAGACCGGAUCACCAAGACCGUCCAAGACAAGGGCUCAGGACCGGGACAGAAACCUGGACCGGGACAGAAACCUGGACCGGGACAGAAACCAGGGUCAGGUCCAGCGCAGACUCCUCCCAGCAGGCAGAGAGUCACCAGGUCCUCCUCCUCCUCCUCAGCUGCUGCAGAGCGAGGCAGAACCAGAGACUGGGACAGAACCAAGACCAGUGGGACCAGACCUGUUGACAGGGACAGGUCCAAACCCAGCCCCAAGCCCAGUCCCAAACCCAGUCCCCAGGCUGGUCCCAGAGGGGCAGCAGAGCGAGGAAGAGCAGCAGGGAAACUUCAGACGGUGAAGAAGGUGAUCAGUCCAGGUGAGCAGACCUGUCAUGUAUUGAUUAUAUUGAUUAUUUUGAUAUAUUGAUGAUAUUGAUUGGUGUUGUUCUGAUCAGGAGAAGCUGUCCCAGGGUUGGGGGUUCAGGGUUUCAGGGUCCAACCAGAAAAUCUGAUUGUUGGACUUUUUAGGACUCAGACCUGAGAACCGCGUGUCCGCUGAGAGUGACUUUGGAGACUUUCCUCCUCACUGUUUAUCUCCACAAAUAAGAACUUUACGGGUUUAAAUCGUACGUUUCUGUGGACCACUCGACUAGUGAGUGUUUCUGUGAGGUGGACGCAAUUCUCAGCACGACAUCGGAAACAACGAUUAAAAAAUGAGAAACGAACCGAAGACGAAGACUUGAUGGUAAAAAGAAAAGUCAGUUAUCUGGAAUUAUUUCAGUUCUAAGAAGGAUGACGUCGACGAAAACACGAGUUCUGUGUUCAUCAGUUUCCACGGUAACGUCCAGAACACUAAAAACAAACGAACUGUUUAGAAACCAGGAGAGUCCAGAUCAGGAACUAGAGACCUGAGGCCUGUACUACGAAGCUGGAUUUGGUCUUAGCGAGAUAACUUCUGGAUAACUUCUGGGUUUUCUGUACUACGAAGGUGGAUCUCUUUUUAUCCGGGUCCGUUGCCCCGGUAACUUACGCGGAACGCCAAACCUGCUCCGGAGCAGGUUAUGUUUCAGGAUAAGAUCUCAGCAGGUAUAAAAAACCGCCCAAUGACCAAUCGGAUCUCUUGGAAAAUGUCUUGCCCACUUUUGCCGGAUCCCGGGGACAUCGUUGCACGGAUAGUGAGAGGAGCGCUCCGCCGAGAGCGUUAUAUUCAUGAUCGUUCAAAUCCGUUUGAUUUACCUGAUGACGUUCUCUAUGAACGCUACAGGUUUUCCUCGGACGGCCUCAAUAUUCAGUAGCAUGAAGUCUAAGCAAUGCACUAAUAUUUGCCAAGCUCCAGGUUCAAAUUUGUUAGUCAUCAUUCAGAAUUUAUUGAAGCAGAUUAGAAAACUCUUAACCCCAAAUGUGUCUGCAGAUGACGUGACCAUCAGAUGAUGGAGGAAAAAAAAGGCAGUGUGAGGAAAUCACUGUUUACGCGUUGAAAUAUGUACAAAUAAAAUCUUCCAAUAAACUUACAAACUACUUAAAAGGAUGUUUUUAGAUUUAUUUUUAUUUGCUCCCACCUACUCUUUUCCCCACUGCUGUUGUAUCUGAAAUAAUGAGGUCAGUGAUGGUGGUGAUCACACACGCUGCAUGACAACAUAUUAGGGGGCCAUAAAUUUAUGAACGCACAAAUGUCAUUUACACAACCGGUGAUUUUUUGUGCCGGCAGUCCCUCCGGCUUUUAGCGGCUGUGUCUGUCUCACUGUUUAAAUAAAGCUCUGUUCUUCAGCUGUGAAAAAUGACGUGCAGCCUUCUCCAUUGUGGAGAUUGGUCCGGUGGCACUGACCCCGCCCCCUUUACGUGUGCGCGCACAGAUCUGAACUGGAUUCAGUUAUCGAGUUGAUAUCCUGCUUCGUAGUACAGCUGAUCCGGAUCCCGGAGAUCCGGUGAAGUUUAGCGAGUUGUCGCAGAGUUAUCCUGGAUUUGUUAAUCCAGCUUCGUAGUCCAGGCCUCAGGAGACUGGACCUGAUCUUCAUCUUUACCCUCUGUGUGUGUGUGUGUGUGUGUGUGUGUUUGUACGUGUUUGUGUGUGUGUGUGUGUGUUUGUGUGUGUUUGUGUGUGUGUGUUUGUUUGUGUGUGUGUGUGUGUUUGUGUGUGUUUGUGUUUGUGUCUGUCUGUGUGUGUGUGUGCGUGUGUGUGUGUGUGUGUGUGUGUGCGUGUGUGUGUGUGUGUGUGUGUGUGUGUGUGUGUGUGUGUUUGUGUGUGUGUGUAUGUCAGGCUCGGCGGCGAAGCAGGCGUUCAGGAAGCAGCAGGUGAGGACGUGGAAGCAGCAGAGGGAGCAGGAGGAGGAGGAGGAGCGACGCAAACGAGAGGAGGAGAUCCGCCGCAUCCGAGAUCUGUCCAAUCAGGACGAGCAAUACAACCGCUUCAUGAAGCUGGUGGGGGGGCGGAGCCGGACCAGGAGCAAGGUCAGGAGACACACCAGCCCCCUCCUGAGACCUUCAGCUUAUAUGGACUGUUUAUGUGCAGAUCAGUUACUCAUGUGUGUGUGUGUGUGUGUGCACGUGUGUGUGUGUGUGCGUGUGCACGUGUGUGUUACAGUCCAGAGAGCGUGAACACAGGAAGUCCUCGGGUAAACAGGGUCUGGACUCAUCAGGAAACCUCUACCAGUAUGACAACUAUGAUGAGGUUGCCAUGGAUACGGACAGUGAAACAGGUUCACCAGGUAAGGGGGGCUGGUCCUGGUCCUGGUCCUGGUCUGGGUUCAGUCCGGACCUCCUCAUAGAGAUAACAGCUGUCCCCCCCUCCCCCGUCUUCUGUCUUUUAGUUCCGUCUCCGUCUCACCCGCUCCCUCCAGAGGAUGGCGUUGGUUUACCUCAGGUGGCGGUCUUUGUAAACGCCCCCCAGCCUUUUGGAACGGUACGCCCCCUGUCGAUCUGUGUCAUACUACACUCUGUAACCCCCAAUCUUCACCACAUCAGGAACAGAAGCGAUUUGCCCCGUCUGCCGAUUCUUACCGGAUCCGUUUGUGAGGCGAGUUUCACGACUUUAGAGAAAUCGGCUUUUUCGACUUUUCGUGAGAGGGUCCGAAAACCGGACCCUGCAGUCCUCCUCACAACAACAGGGUUAGUCCUCGGUCGUUGGGUCGUUGUAGGACUUGUUGAAGGCUCAAACAGGAAGUGUCCUACAACCUCCACCUUCAUCCUGAUCGUCUCCUAAAAGGUCGUAUCCUCCGAUCGUAGCUGAUCGUAACCAUUCAAGUUAACGUGUCAAUUUACACCGACUUCUUUCCGUUCCUCUGCGGAUCGCCGGACGCCGGACUGCUGGAAAGGAAGUCGGGCACAGACACAAACAGAUCCGAUAGAAAUUGGCGUACGGGGAAAAUCGCCGCCAUGUCGGAUUGGAGCCGUUCCAGAUGCGGUGGAAAUUGGGGGCUAGACUGUCGAGCUGCGUUCUAGACGCAGACAGGAAGUGGAGGUUGCCCCGGGUUACACCUUCAGUGUUGUCAUGGAGACGGAGUAAAAUCAGCUGAUCUCUCUCUCUCACCCCCCCCCCAGCCCUUCCUCUCCCCUCUGAUGUCCGCUGCUCCUCCCCCUCCUCCCCCUCUGCCCCCUCCCCCUGACGAGCUGGAGCCCCCCCCCAAACCUCCCUUUGCUGAUGAAGAGGAGGAGGAGGAGAUGCUGCUGAGGGAGACCUGCCUGAUGUCCAUGGCCAACAAGAGAGUCCCCCUCCUCCCCCAGGUCAGACCCUCCCCCCCAUCAGUAAACUCAGCAUGUCAGGCUGCAGUUCCAGCUCUGAGCAGCAGGGGGGGCUGUAGUUCACUGAGUCUGUCUCUGUCUCAGCAGGAGAGGAGCUCCAGCGCUCCUCCCUCCCCCGGUGGUCCUCCUCCUCCUGCAGCCCCCACCCUCCUGAGAGGAAACCUGAGCACCGUCAGUCUGAACACGGUCCCUCCAUCACACUCCAACAAGUUCAACAGAGGACACCACAGCAGCAGAGCGCCCCUGGUGGUGAGGAGGGGACACGCACAGAGACACACAGAGACAGACACAUACACACAGAGACACACACACAGAGACACACACAGACAGACACACAGAGACACAGAGACACACACAUACACACAGAGACACACACACAGAGACACACACAGACAGACACACACACACACAGAGACACACACAGACACAGACAGAGACACACACAGAGACACACACACAGAGACACACACAGACAGACAGAGACACACACAGACAGACAGAGACACACACACACACACACACACAAACACACACAGACACACACACACACACAGAGACACACACAGACACACACAGAGACACACACAGACAGACAGACACACACACACACACACACACAGAGACAGACAGACACACACACAGAGACACACACAGACACACACAGAGACACACACAGACAGACACACACACACACACACACAGAGACACACACACAGAGACACACAGAGACACACACACACACACACAGAGACACACACACAAACACACACAGAGAGACACACAAACACAGAGACACACACAAACAGACAGACACACACACACACAGAGACACACACACACAGACACACACACAUACACAAACACAUACACACAGACACACACACACAGACAGACACACAAACACAAACACAAACACACACAGACACACACACACAGACACACACACACACAGACACACAUACACAGACACACUCAGACUCUCGUUUCUUUUCUCUUUAUUUUCACUUUUUUCUAUAAAAACAUUUUAAAAAUUUUCCAGUUCAUCAAAAUUUUGCUCAAUAAAGUUUAAAAGAAGAAACAGAAAAACAUUAAAAAUGGAAUAAAAUCAGAGGUCACACGAACUCGGGUCUGAACGAGUGUUUGAACCUCCACGGUUUGGGAGACGCAGCCCAGAACGUUCUGUUGUCAACGUUCUGAUGAUCAGCUGACCUCAGGGACGUAGGCCGAUGGAGCAACACGCCGUCGGAGUGAUGAUGUGGUCGUGUUUUGGUUUACCUGUGUGUGUGUGUGUGUCUCUGUCUCUGCAGCUUCCUCGUCAUAAGUCCGUGGUCGUGUCUCUGAUGGACUCAGACGACAGUGACUCCGACCCGGAUCUCUGCAGCUCGUCUCAGACCGCCUUUGGAGGUCUGGAGUUCAUGAUCAAAGAGGCUCGCAGGACGGUGGAGGUGAGUCGCCACCUGACCCCGCCCCCCAUCAGACCUCCUCCCCUCAGUCUCAGAGUCCUCACGUGUCCUCGUCUCUUUCAGGCAGCGAAGCCAAAAGCUGCUUCAGGAUCUGAGAAGGAGAACAACCCUCUGAGGACUCCAGAAGCUCUUCCUGAGAACAAGAAAGCAGAGUACCGUCUGCUCAGAGAGGAGAUCAACAGGUACGUCCACCUGUCCACCUGUCCAUCUGUCCACCUGUCCAUCUGUCCAUCUGUCCACCUGUCCAUCUGUCCACCUGUCCAUCUGUCCAUCUGUCCACCUGUCCACCUGUCCAUCUGUCCACCUGUCCAUCUGUCCACCUGUCCAUCUGUCCAUCUGUCCACCUGUCCAUCUGUCCAUCUGUCCACCUGUCCACCUGUCCAUCCGUCCACCUGUCCAUCUGUCCACCUGUCCACCUGUCCACCUGUCCAUCUGUCCAUCUGUCCACCUGUCCAUCUGUCCAUCUGUCCACCUGUCCACCUGUCCACCUGUCCAUCUGUCCACCUGUCCAUCUGUCCACCUGUCCACCUGUCCGUCUGUCCAUCUGUCCAUCUGUCCAUCCGUCCAUCUGUCCAUCCGUCCACCUGUCUCAUCUGUCCAUCUGUCCACCUGUCCACCUGUCCAUCUGUCCAUCCAUCCAUCUGUCUCAUCUGUCCAUCUGUCCACCUGUCCAUCUGUCCAUCUGUCCACCUGUCCAUCUGUCCACCUGUCUCAGCCGUCUCUGCUGCUUCAUCAUUAACCUGCUCUCGAUCCUGUCCACCAAUCAGCAGGGAGAAACAGCGAGCGCUCAAAGACCACAGUACGGCUCCCCGGGUUCCUCCUGCCGUCACUGAACCUGUGAGCGCUCCUUCGUCCAGAUCUGCUGCGGAGCUCCGCCUGACGGAGGCGCAGAAGAGACUCAACAAACACAGGUCAGUCUGAGGGUCCGGACCUCCUCCGAGGUUUCUCCUCUGAGGGUUCGAAGGUUCAGAUCUGUGAUCUUCUUCUCCUCCAGAGAGCUGCUGCAGCGGGACGAGGUGGUGCUGAAACACCUCCUCCAACAGGAGCUGAAGAAGAAGGAGUCUCUGAGGGUCGCCGAGGGGAAGGUCCUCAGGCUGAGGGAGCAGCUGCAGGCCUCCGAGAAGAUCGUCAGCGCCAACAGGACGCUCCUCAAGAAGCUGCAGGAGCAGGUGAGGAGGAGGAGGAGGAGGAGAGGGAGGAGAGGGAGGAGGAGGUGGAGGAGGAGGAGAGAGAAGGAGAGAGAAGGAGAGAGAAGAGGAGGAGGAGAGGGGGGAGGAGGAGGAGGAGGAGAGGGAGGAGGAGGAGAGGGAGGAGGAGGAGGAGAGGGGGGAGGAGGAGGAGGAGGUGGAGGAGGAGGAGGAGGAGGAGGAGGAGGAGGUGGAGGAGGAGGAGGAGGAGGAGGAGGUGGAGGAGAAGAGGGAGGAGGAGAGGGAGGAGGAGGAGGAGGAGGAGAGGGAGGGGGAGGAGGAGGAGGAGGAGGAGGAGGUGGAGGAGAAGAGGGAGGAGGAGAGGGAGGAGGAGGAGGAGGAGGAGAAGGAGGAGGAGAGAGAGGAGGAGGAGGAGAGGGUGAUUGGUUAGGUGUGUUUGAUCCAUUUGUGACAGCUGUCAGUCAUGAGACUGACAGCUGAGAUGUCAAAGAGCUGUCCAAAGUUGUGGUGUGUGUGUGUGUGUGUGUGUGUGUGUGUGUGUGUGUGUGUGCACUCAUUAACACUGUAAGUGGAUCAGAGUUCAGUGUCUGUCAGAGAAAGUUAAUUCUUCUGCUCAGUAGAGUGCAGGUACGAAACACCUGAAAGAAACACACACACAGACAGACACACUUACACACAGACACACACACACACACUCACACACACAGACACACACACUCACACACACAGACACACACACACACAGACACACACACACACACACAGGUGUUUGUGGUCAGUUUGUAAAAAUUGUCAGUCCAGCAUGUCUGACCUCUGACCUCUGACCUCUGACCCCUGACCCCUGACCUCUGACUUCACCUGCCCCCCCCCCAGGUGAACCGUGUGGAGCACAGGGUCUCCCUGAAGAAGGGUGUAGCUGUUCGGUUGGAGCAGGAACUGGUUCAGGCUCAGACAGCUGCAGGACGAGGGUCCAAACGCAGAGCCGACCCGGGUCAGAACCAGGUGAGGGGAUCCAUUACACAAAUACUGUAGUAUUACACAAAUACUGUAGUAUUACACAAAUACUGUAGUAUUACACAAAUACUGUAGUAUUACACAUAUACUGCAGUAUUACACAUAUACUGUAGUAUUACACAUAUACUGCAGUAUUACACAUAUACUGUAGUAUUACACAUAUACUGUAGUAUUACACAAAGACUGUAGUAUUACACAAAGACUGUAGUAUUACACAUAUACUGUAGUAUUACACAAAUACUGCAGUAUUACACAAAUACUGUAGUAUUACACAAAUACUGUAGUAUUACACAUAUACUGUAGUAUUACACAAAGACUGUAGUAUUACAUAAAUACUGUAGUAUUACACAUAUACUGUAGUAUUACACAAAGACUGUAGUAUUACACAAAGACUGUAGUAUUACACAAAUACUGUAGUAUUACACAAAUACUGCAGUAUUACACAAAUACUGUAGUAUUACACAAAUACUGUAGUAUUACACAAAUACUGCAGUAUUACACAAAUACUGUAGUAUUACACAAAGACUGUAGUAUUACACAUAUACUGUAGUAUUACACAUAUACUGUAGUAUUACACAUAUACUGCAGUAUUACACAUAUACUGUAGUAUUACACAAAUACUGUAGUAUUACACAAAUACUGUAGUAUUACACAAAUACUGUAGUAUUACACAAAUACUGUAGUAUUACACAUAUACUGCAGUAUUACACAUAUACUGUAGUAUUACACAUAUACUGCAGUAUUACACAUAUACUGUAGUAUUACACAUAUACUGUAGUAUUACACAAAGACUGUAGUAUUACACAAAGACUGUAGUAUUACACAUAUACUGUAGUAUUACACAAAUACUGCAGUAUUACACAAAUACUGUAGUAUUACACAAAUACUGUAGUAUUACACAUAUACUGUAGUAUUACACAAAGACUGUAGUAUUACAUAAAUACUGUAGUAUUACACAAAGACUGUAGUAUUACACAAAGACUGUAGUAUUACACAAAGACUGUAGUAUUACACAAAUACUGCAGUAUUACACAAAUACUGCAGUAUUACACAAAUACUGUAGUAUUACACAAAUACUGCAGUAUUACACAAAUACUGUAGUAUUACACAAAGACUGUAGUAUUACACAUAUACUGUAGUAUUACACAUAUACUGUAGUAUUACACAUAUACUGUAGUAUUACAUAAAUACUGUAGUAUUACACAUAUACUGUAGUAUUACACAAAUACUGUAGUAUUACACAUAUACUGCAGUAUUCCAGUCUAAUCAGAUUAUGUUCAGGUUCUGAUCAGAUUAUAAUCAGAUUAUUUUGGGGUAAUCUGUAAACUAAUAAAGACCUUCUGACCCCCCCCUCAGGCGGGGAAGCUGCGGCGCCUGGACGGCGGCGGCGGCGCCCCCCCCGGGUCGGAGCGUCACUUUGCGGAGCUGAUCGCUCAGAAACAGCGUCUGCAGCAGCUGGAGUCGGAGUACGCUCUGAAGAUCCAGAAACUGAAGGAGGCCCAGGCCCUCCAUCACCGAGGACCCCCCCCAGACCCACCAGCACCCACCCCCUCUGACACCCAGACCCCCACCCCCUCCUCCACCUUCCCCCUGCCCCAGCCCUCCCUACAUGACCUCACCCAAGACAAACUCACCCUGGACAGCGAGGACCCCCCUGAGGGUGAGGACCAGGAGUCAGAGUCCGCCCCUCCACCUGCAGCUACGCCUGCAGCUGCCAACGCCGCCGCCGCCACGCCCCCCCGCAGACGCUCCCUCCGUCAGUCCAGCUGCUCCUUCACCAAACCAAACCUGGAGCAGCUCAGCUCCACCCCCGCUAAAGACGCCACUGCCUCCAAGACCACCAAGACCUCCUCCAGCCCCAUCAGCUCCACCCCCCCUGUGGAGGUCUUUGAAGGUCUGGACCUGGAGGCUUUGAGGCUGAGGGACCAGCAGCAGCCCAGACUGGGGGACCUGCUGAACCGAGAGCUGAACCACAUGAGAGGACGGGUGGACCAGACCCCACCUGGACAGGUAGGACCCCUAACAGGUUCACUGCUGGGGGGACAGAGGGAGAUGAUCUGAGACCAGGAGCUGCAGAAGCUGUGAGGUCCUGGUCUCAGAGUUCCUGGUCUCAGAGCUCCUGGUCUCAGAGUUCCUGGUCUCAGAGCUCCUGGUCUCAGAGCUCCUGGUCUCAGAGUUCCUGGUCUCAGAGCUCCUGGUCUCAGAGUUCCUGGUCUCAGAGCUCCUGGUCUCAGAGUUCCUGGUCUCAGAGCUCCUGGUCUCAGAGUUCCUGGUCUCAGAGCUCCUGGUCUCAGAGGUCCUGGUCUCAGAGGUCCUGGUCUCAGAUCUGAGUUACAGUUUCAUCAUUUCUAACGAAGACUGAGACCGUUCCAGAACCUGAGUGAUGUUAAAAAUGUGAACGAGGUUUUUCUGUGGAGGAUGGUUGUCAGAGGCCCCUCCCCUCCACCGCCCUACAGGCUGAUGGGCGGGGCUAAAGGACAUUUUUAGAAGAAGCAGCUUCAAAGUUUGACGAUGAUCGUGUUUUCAUCUGUGAUACUGAGAUAAUCUGAGAUCAUCAGAGAGAAGGUUCAUUAAAGACGAGAGUUUAUGAAGUUCCUCCUCCGGGACAAACGCAGAGAGGGGCGGGUUUAAGGACACGGGUCCAAGUCCUCCACUGUCAUGAGUUCCUUUAGGGUCACGGCUGUCUGAUCGCUCUAAAGCUCCGUCUGAUUGGCUGACAGAGAGACAGGACAGCAGACAUGUCGGUUCUUUCUUGUUGAUUUUUGUCUCUUCGUCCAGGUGGCGUUAACGGAGAUGGACACAUCGACCAGCCAAUCAGGAAGCAGCGAGUCGCGGCCGGUUCCCUUCGAAGCGUAUCACAGUCCACUGCUGGUCUUCAGGUCCUACAGGUAAAAACCACAUCAGCACCUAUAAUCUAUAAUCUAUGAUCAGCUGAUCCAUCAAUACAACAACCAACAGGAGAGUACGGAGGCCCUGAAGGGUCAUUUUUAUUCAGGACCUCUCAGACCACCACAAAAGAGAAACAGGUCAGGGUCUCCUUGGUCCUGUUUUUGGGGUCAGGACCUCAUCAGUCCAGGACUCUCCUCCUACAGCACCGUGCUGGUUCUGGAUCAGAUGAAGGUCUUCUCUGAAAAAGUCCUGGUCUGGAUGGACGCAGAUGUUCCUCCUAAACCUGGAGAUCUAGUUUAAAACUGAGGAUGCAGCAUCUAGGAUUUCCAGUUCUUGGUCCAGAUGUCAGAAGAGCGUUAGAGUUCAGGAGAAAAACUGACGUUGUUGUUUUUAAACCGAGAAAAAUACGAGGAAAUUUCAAAAACAGAAGAAUUUUCCUCCUCAGAUGAUCAGAAUCUGAGUUUCUGCUGACGUCUUGAGGACAGUCAACCUGCUCUGAUCUGGGACCGUGUUACCGUGGAAACAGAUGAACACAGAACUCGUGUUUUCAUCCUUCUUAGAACUGAAAUAAUUCCAGAUAACUGACUUUUCUUUUUACCAUCAAGUCUUCGUCUUCGGUUCGUUUCUCAUUUUUCAAUCGUUGUCGUUGUUUCCGAUGUCGUGCUGAGAAUCACGUCCACCUCGCAGAAACGCUCGUAGUCGAGUGGUCCACGGAAACGUACGAUUUAAGUCAUUCUCAGUGUUUCUCAGCACAACACCGUCAGCACCAGCGACUCACUCCGAGUGGAGGGGCGUGGUUUCCUCCUCUUCGAUUUGAUUGACAGCUGGCAGGGUAGUCUGAUUGGCUACUAAUUAAAGAACGAAUGUGAUUGGUGGAUGUUGCACAGCACAUGCAGAGUCACUCUGACAUGUGACUAUCGCGCACACGUACAUCAUGUCUCCUCGGUCCACCUCAGACCAGGUCCAGGUCUCUGCAGGGUUCAGUCUGGACCUCAUUCAUGGAUGAUGUGUGUGUGUGUGUGUGUGUGUGUGUGUGUGUGUGUGUGUGUGUGUGUGUGUUUCAGGUUCAGCCCGUUCUACAGGACCAAGGAGAAGUUGUCUCUGAGUUCUGUGACCUACAGCAACGCCAUCGAACCCUCCAAGUGUUUCUGUCGCUUCGACCUCACAGGAAGUUGUAACGACGACCACUGCACAUGGUCAGGCGGCGUUUCCUCUCAGACUCUCCUCUCGCCGUGUUCGGAGUUUCUCUUGGUGACGGUUUGUGUUUUUUUCAGGCAGCACAUGAGGAACUGCACGCUGACCCCGAACCAGCUGUUUCAGGACGUCCUGUCGUAUAACCUGCAGCUGAUUGGCUGCUCUGAGAACAGCUCAGACCAGGACGUCAGCGCCGCCACAGGUUCAGAUUUCCCUCAGAGACUCCAGGUGAUCAGCUGAGGCUCGCUGUGUUCAGGUGUACUGACCCGCUCUGUGUGUGUGUGUGUGUGUGUGUGUCAGAGCGCUACAUGAAGAAGCUGUUUGGACCAAAUAAAGACCGGAUGGGCGUGGACCAGAAGGCCGUCCUGCUGGUCAGCAAAGUGAACGAGAGCAAGCGCCACAGUGAGUCAGAUCUUCUUCAUCCUCAUCGUCAGCAGGUGUUGGAGUCCAUCAGGGCUCAGAGACGGUUCUGGUUCAGGUCUUUAACCCUUCGGUUCCUCCUCUGGUGGAUGGACAUGCAUGAGGAUGAACAGGUCCUUCAGAUCAUCAGGGGAGAAGAUAUCACAUCUGAAAUCAGCAGUUAUUUUUAUAUCAGAGUAAUCAGGGUCAGAUUUUAGUUAGAGGAGGAUAAACACUCAGAAAUGAUUCCUGUCUUACAGAGAUCUGCUGAUUUUAUAUGUUUAUAUAUAACAUUAAUUUAUUAUGAACACAUGAAUUUGAUCAUACUUGAUUUGGUCGAUCUGAGGUUCGAGAAAAGGAGGAGAAAAUGUCGAGUUUUUCUGCUCCAACAGACUCAGAACGAAAACUUUAUCAAUAAAUAUGACAUGAUGAACAGAAACUGACAUAAAAAGGGAAAAACAUCAGAUUUAUUAUUGAUUACUGUUUUAAUGAUCAGAGCUGAAGGUGUUUCAGAGAUUUGAGUCAGAAAAAGUUAAAAAUGAUGGUUUUAAGAACUCUUAUCUGCUCGUCUGGUUUGGGGACAAAGACACUGACAGAGCAUCAUGGGAAAUCAUGAGGAACUGUCUUUAUCAAUAAUUAUAUCAGUAUCAAUCCAAAUGAUCCUGAUGAGGAUGUCUCCUGGUCCUCCUGGUCCUCCUGGUCCUCCUGAGUGAACUGUCUGUCCUCUGCAGUUCCCCCCUACACCACCUGUAAGGACAUGAGGAGGUGGAGACCCAAACCUUCAGCUCAGAGCAGCUCCACCACUGAGGACGACAGCGAGGACGACUCUGCAGGAGGAGACACACCUCCACGAGGACACGGUGAGGACACGGACAGAUCAUGUCCCAUCAGUUCAGCAGAAACACCCUAUGACCUCUAAUGACCUCUAACCUGUGCGUGUCCCCCUCAGAGGACGUCUCCAGGUCCAGCCUGUCUGCUCUGGACGUCUGCGUCACCUCAGAAGACCGACGCUAUUUCAUCAGCGAGACGGACGACAUCUCCAACCUGGAGAGCAGCGUGAUGGACGAACCCCGAGACACCCAGCUGUGGAUCAAACUGGCCUUCAAAUACCUGAACCAGAGCGAGACGUGAGUCAGCGCGCCUUAAUCCCUCAGAUUAACUCCCUUAAUCUCUCAGAUUAACUCUUCAAUCGCUCAGAUUUACUCCUCAUUCUUUCAGAUUAACUCCUUAAUUCCUCAGAUUAACCCCUUAAUCCCUCAGAUUUACUCCUCAAUCCCUCAGAUUAACUCUUCAAUCCCUCAGAUUAACUCCUCUGAGUCUGUGAUAUUAACUCCAUAAUACCUCAUAUUAACUCGGUAAUCCCUUAGAUUAACUCGUUAACCCUCAGAUUAACUCCUCAAUCCCUUAGAUUAACCUCAGAUUAACUCCUCAGUCCCUCAGAUUAACUCCUCUUAGUCUGUCAGAUUAACUCCUUAAUCCCUCAGAUUAACUCCUCUGAGUCUGUGUCUUAAUCCCUCAGAUUAACUCCUCUGAGUCUGUGUCUUAAUCCCUCAGAUUAACUCCUCUGAGUCUGUGUCUUAAUCCCUCAGAUUAACUCCUCUUAGUCUGUCAGAUUAACUCCUUAAUCCCUCAGAUUAACUCCUCAGUCCCUCAGUCCUUCAGAUUAAUUCUCAGUCCCUCAGAUUAACUCCUCUGAGUCUGUCAGAUUAACUCCUUAAUCCCUCAGAUUAACUCCUCUAAAUCUGUGUCUUAAACUGAUUUCUAACGGGGUUGUCGGUGUGUGGCGUUCAGGUCUGCAGCAGAGUGCCUCGAGGCGGCGCUGAACACGCUGUCUCGCGCUCUGGAGACGAACUGUGAGAACCCGGAGGUGUGGAGUCACUACCUGCUGCUCUUCUCCAGACGGGGCAGCAGGGAGGAGGUCCAGGAGAUGUGUGAGAUGGCGGUGGAGCACGCGCCGGAUUACCGAGUGUGGUGGAACGUAAGUGAUUGAUUUGACUGCAGGAGGUCACAGUGACGCGCUGACCUUAGAGUGACCUCAGACUGACCUCAGGGUUAAUGUGUGUGUGUGUGUGUGUGUGUGUGUGUGUGUGUGUGUGUGUCCGUCCUGCAGUAUCUGACCCUGGAGGUGUCGUUUGAGGGGAAGGACUAUGUGUGUGAGCGUCUGCUGCAGUUCCUGCUCUCCUCCUCCUCCUCCUCCUCCUCCUCGGACAGACUCUCCUUCCAGCUGAUGGAGGCGCUGCUCUACAGGGUGCAGCUCAACCUGUUCACCGGACGCAUGGAGAGCGCGCUCGCUAUCCUGCAGGUGAGCAGCAGGAAACUGUUGUUUCUGCUCCAAGAGGUAGAAACCUCCAGAUGACACCAGCCUGAAGGUUUAGGUCGACCUCAGGUCCACAAAAAGUCCAAACAAGUCAGGAAAGAUUAAUAUUUAGAUUAAUACUAUAUUUUUAUUAGAUUUAUGUAGAUUUAUAUAAUAUUUAUAUUAUAUUUAAUUUUGAUUUAUAUUAGAUUUAUAUAAUAUUUAUUUUAUAUUUAUAUUAUAUUUAUAUAAUAUUUAUUUUAGAUUUAUAUAUUUAUUUUAGAUUUAUUUUAGAUUUAUAUUAUAUUUAUUUUAGAUUUAUAUAAUAUUUAUAUAAUAUUUAUUUUAGAUUUAUAUUAUAUUUAUAUUAAUAUAAUAUUUAUUUUAGAUUUAUAUUAUAUUUAAUUUAGAUUUAUAUAAUAUUUAUAUAAUAUUUAUUUUAGAUUUAUAUUAUAUUUAUAUUAGAUUUAUUUUAGAUUUAUAUAAUAUUUAUUUUAGAUUUAUAUUAUAUUUAUAUUAAUAUAAUAUUUAUUUUAGAUUUAUAUUAUAUUUAAUUUAGAUUUAUAUAAUAUUUAUAUAAUAUUUAUUUUAGAUUUAUAUUAUAUUUAUAUUAUAUUUAUUUUAGAUUUAUAUUAUAUUUAUUUUAGAAUUAUAUUUUAUUUAUUUUAGAUUUAUAUAAUAUUUAUUUUAGAUUUAUAUAAUAUUUAUAUAAUAUUUAUUUUAGAUUUAUAUUAUAUUUAUAUUAUAUUUAUUUUAGAUUUAUAUUAUAUUUAUAUUAUAUUUAUUUUAGAUUUAUAUUAUAUUUAUAUUAUAUUUAUUUUAGAUUUAUUUUAUAUUUAUUUUAGAUUUAUAUAAUAUUUAUUUUAGAUUUAUAUUAUAUUUAUAUUAUAUUUAUUUUAUAUUUAUUUUAUAUUUAUUUUAGAUUUAUGUUAUAUUUAUUUUAGAUUUAUAUUAUAUUUAUUUUAGAUUUAUAUUAUAUUUAUUUUAUAUUUAUAUUAUAUUUAUUUUAGAUUUAUAUUAUAUUUAUUUUGGAUUUAUAUAAUAUUUAUAUUUAUUUUAGAUUUAUAUUAUAUUUAUUUUAGAUUUAUAUUAUAUUUAUAUAAUAUUUAUUUUAGAUUUAUAUAAUAUUUAUUUUAUAUUUAUAUUAAAUUUAUUUUAGAUUUAUAUUAUAUUUUUUUUAGAUGUAUAUUAUAUUUAUUUUAGAUUUAUUUUAGAUUUCUUUGAUCCUGUGUCCUGGGAUCAGUUCAGGAACCUUUCCUGUGAAGAACGUUUGAGUUUCUCACACAGGGUUGUCUCGGUUCUACAAUAUGAAGGUUUGACAUCAUCCUGAUCAUGUGAUCUCUGCUGCAGUCACAUGAUCUCCAUACACUCCCUCACUCUCUGUAGAGCGCUCUGAAGUCGGCCAAUGAGAGGAGUGUUGCAGAUCACCUGACCUGCAAAGACCGCGCCCUGCUCUGGCUCUCCUUCAUCCACCUGACCGAGUUCGACCGCCUCCCAUCCAGUCUGUACGACCCGGCGGAGUCGGGUCCAUCUCGUCUGGUCAGCACCAGGUCCUUCAAGCUGCCCUGGAGGACGCCGCAAGACAUCAGCACGCCGCCAGACAUCCUCAUCGCUCUCUUCCAGGGUAACAGCCAGCCAUGUGGACAGGCUUUUAUUGUGAAGUGUUUCCUGUUUAGGUUGUAUUAAGUGUUUCCUGUUCCUGUGCCGUCCUUCUCUCAGACGCCAUCCUUCAGUGCAGCGAUGAGUCAGUGUCCCACAACAAGAGGGCGCUAGACUGCCUUCCUCUGCACACCAACCUCAUCCUCCUCCACUCACUGCUGGGCAGGUAACGCUAAUGCAAAUGCUAACAAUAAUGCUAACGCUAACAUUAAUGCUAACACUAACAAUUAUGCUAACGCUAAGGCUAACGUGGCGUAUGUGUGUUAACAGGGCUGAUAAAGGUGUGUAUCUGUGUGUGUGUGUCUGUGUGUGUUUCCAGGUACGAUGAGGGUGUGUGUCUGUGUGAGUCUUUGCUGCAGUCUUGUCCAGAGUCGUGCGCCCUCAGAGACGCCCUCGCCGACCUCCAUCUGCGUAGCGGUCAGGCAGAUCAGGCCGUCAGGAUGUGGCUCCACGCUCUGGCAGAGUGUCCCAACAACGCCGAGGUCUUCUAUCACUGCUGCAGGUUCCUCAUGGCGCAGGUACGUUCAGGUGUCACGGGGGGGUCAGGAGGUCAGCUGUGGUUGGGCGUUGACUAAUGAUGCGUUGAUGAUGUGUGACAGGAGAAGUCGAGCGCUGUCCCUCCUCUCUUCAGAGGUUUUGUCCUGUCCCUGUGUGAGGACCAGCAGAGUCAGAGGAGACCUGAAGACGUGCUCAGGUACGGUCCGCUCCACAGGUGUGAAGGUGUGUCUCAGUGUGUCGUUGGUUUGUUACAGACAGUAGAUGAAGUGUGUGUGUGUGUGUGUGUGUGUGUGUGUGUGUUUUCUGGCCUCAGACACAUCCUGGGGUUUCCCACUGAGGACGUCCUGAGAGGUCCGAUCAUCAGAGAACUUCAGGAGCAGCUCAGCCAGCAGAUGUCUCACCUCCACCUCAUCCACUGGUCAGUACCACCUCACCUGUGUCUCCUCACCUCUGUCUCCUCACCUGUAUCUCCUCACCUCUGUCUCCUCACCUCUGUCUCCUCACCUGUGUCUCCUCACCUCUGUCUCCUCACCUCUGUCUCCUCACCUCUGUCUCCUCACCUGUCUCCUCACCUCUGUCUCCUCACCUCUGUCUCCUCACCUGUGUCUCCUCACCUCUGUCUCCUCACCUGUGUCUCCUCACCUCUGUCUCCUCACCUCUGUCUCCUCACCUGUGUCUCCUCACCUCUGUCUCCUCACCUCUGUCUCCUCACCUGUGUCUCCUCACCUGUGUCUCCUCACCUGUGUCUCCUCACCUGUGUCUCCUCACCUGUCUCCUCACCUCUGUCUCCUCACCUCUGUCUCCUCACCUGUGUCUCCUCACCUCUGUCUCCUCACCUCACCUGUGUCUCCUCACCUCUGUCUCCUCACCUGUGUCUCCUCACCUGUCUCCUCACCUGUGUCUCCUCACCUGUGUCUCCUCACCUGUGAUCAGAAUCAGAGCGACCUGAUCAGCUGAUAGCAGCAGAACAGAUUUUUACUGACUGACAUCACUUUGUGUGUGUGUGUGUGUGUGUGUGUGUGUGUGUGUGUGUGUGUGUGUGUGUGUGCGUGUGUGUGUGCGUGUGUGUGUGUGCGCGCACGUUCAGUCGUUGGCAGUGGCUGCAGGGCUCGGUGGAGGACACGGUGUCGGCGUUUGAGCGAGCUCUGGGAUCUUCUCUGACUCUGGAGGAUCUUCAGACUCUGUGGAUGGAGUGAGUCCGUCUGAGACCAAAAACUGAAGUUCUGAGAGUCUGUAAGAGAGACCGGACUAACUCUGGACCCGUCUGUGUGUCCGUGUCUGUGUGUGUGUGUGUGUGUCAGUUACCUGUCGUUCAGCAGCAGUCUGCAGACCCUCAACCCGUCCCUCAGUCACUCGAAGCUCUUCUCAGACCUGGUCCAUCGCUGUCUGAGCACGGUCCCCUCCAGACUGGAGCUCCCCUUUAACCCUGCAGAGUUCUGGACCUGCUACACCUUCCAUAACAAGGUCAGAGGUCACCUGAGUCAGACACUCACCUGGUGGUUUUUAGCGUGACAUCGUCCAAAAGGUCAGAGGGCAUCAAACGUUAACCUGCUGACGUUCUUCCAUCUGUGGAUGUUCACUCAGAGAUCCGACCUUCUCAGACCUUCACAGCCCCCCAUCAGAGCUCACAAAGUUCCUGAAAACAUCCCAGAGUCCCUCAGAGAACCUUUUCUGGAAGGUUCCCUGUGAGGAGCUGCAGCUGUGUCUGCGGUUCUCAUAUGGACAGAGUUUGGAGUUUAAAAAUCAGAGUUUAAAAAGUUUUUAAAAGGUUUUUAGGUUUAAAAAAGUUUAAAAUCACGGACAUCACCAGCCAUCAAAUCAAUCCUGAUUCUGAUUUUUACCUCAGUGGAGCCGCCCUGGUGUCUGUGAUCAGUUUGAGUAUAUAAUAAAUCAGUUUGUCUAGCAGGGGGCGUCUUCUGACUGCAGACACCUCUGAGUCCACAGUGAGAUUAAAACUCUGUGAACAAAUAUCAGAGACGGAAUACAGACAUGAGCCCAACAUGGAACCGAGUAUUAUCAGUUUAUUAUCAGUUUAUUAUCAGUUUAUUAUCAGUUCAUUAUCAGUUCAUUAUCAGUUUAUUAUCAGUUUAUUAUCAGUUUAUUAUCAGUUUAUUAUCAGUUUAUUAUCAGUUUAUUAUCAGUUCAUUAUCAGUUUAUUAUCAGUUUAUUAUCAGUUUAUUAUCAGUUCAUUAUAGUUUAUUAUCAGUUUAUUAUCAGUUUAUUAUCAGUUCAUUAUCAGUUCAUUAUCAGUUCAUCAGUUCAUUAUCAGUUUAUUAUCAGUUCAUUAUCAGUUCAUUAUCAGUUUAUUAUCAGUUUAUUAUCAGUUCAUUAUCAGUUCAUCAGUUCAUUAUCAGUUUAUUAUCAGUUUAUUAUCAGUUCAUAUCAGUUCAUCAGUUCAUUAUCAGUUUAUUAUCAGUUCAUUAUCAGUUUAUUAUCAGUUUAUUAUCAGUUCAUUAUCAGUUCAUUAUCAGUUUAUUAUCAGUUCAUUAUCAGUUCAUUAUCAGUUUAUUAUCAGUUUAUUAUUAGUACAGUAUCAGUUCAUUAUCAGUUCAUUAUCAGUUUAUUAUCAGUUUAUUAUCAGUUCAUUAUUAGUACAGUAUCAGUUUAUUAUAAGUACAGUAUCAGUUUAUUAUCAGUUUAUUAUCAGUUUAUUAUCAGUUCAUUAUCAGUUUAUUAUCAGUUCAUUAUCAGUUCAUUAUCAGUUUAUUAUUAGUACAGUAUCAGUUCAUUAUCAGUUCAUUAUCAGUUUAUUAUCAGUUCAUUAUCAGUUUAUUAUAAGUUCAGUAUCAGUUUAUUAUCAGUUCAUUAUCAGUUUAUUAUUAGUACAGUAUCAGUUUAUUAUCAGUUCAUUAUCAGUUUAUUAUCAGUUCAUUAUCAGUACAUUAUCAGUUCAUUAUCAGUUCAUUAUCAGUUCAUUAUCAGUUUAUUAUCAGUUCAUUAUCAGUUUAUUAUCAGUUCAUUAUUAGUACAGUAUCAGUUUAUUAUCAGUUCAUUAUCAGUUCAUUAUCAGUUCAUUAUCAGUUUAUUAUCAGCUGCUGAAGGUCACUGUAAAGAUAUUUGAAGGUCGUUCAGACUCGGUCAGAUCUCAGAGUCGUUUUACUUCCUUCAGUUCGACCGCCCCUGCUCACCUCACUCACUCACCUGUUCAUUAUCCUUUCAUCUGUAGUGCUCACUGCUCAUCCAUCCAUUCAUUCAUUCAUUCAUUCAUUCAUUCAUUCAUUCAGUGUGUGGGUCUACUCCCUCAGGUGGUGUCUCUCUACCUGAGCCAUCUUCCUCAGUCCCAGCA